CACUGCGCGAAGGCCUGUCCCAAUUCAUCCAAAGCCGAAGGAUCCUUCAAAUGCGCACUUCAAAUGCGGCCUUCUUUCCAGCCGUUGGUAGCCGAUUCGAAGGCUGCACCGCGACUAGCCUUUGCGGGCUCCCGUAUCCCAAAAUGCUUUGCGUGCUGCUGCUCAGUCGGAGAAAACUUAACCGAGAUGGCAACGCCAACGGCGGCAUCUAGUGGCGAUUCGACAUAUAAAUGGAACAAGGAGCAGACAGAAAAAUUUAUAAGGCUGAGAGUCGAGAAUGACAAUCUCUUUACAGGGGCCAAACAUUCAGCAGCAGUCGGAUGGAGAAUCAUACUGGAGAAGAUGGGCCUGCUGGGGAGGGUGGAGCCCCAGCAGGCAAAAAAAAAAUGGGACAAUUUAAAAAAAAAAUAUAAGGAUUGCAAAUACCCAGGGACUGGAGAGGGGGUCAGUGGGAAGCCCACCGCUGCAACCUGGCCCUGGUUUGCACUUAUGGAUGAGGUGUUGGGACAGAGGCCGUCCAUCGCCCCCCCUGUCCUCAUCGCCUCUCUCCCUGAGGACACACCAGGGCCAGCUGCAGCGGUGGGUCAGCAGGAGGAGGAGGAAGAUGAGGAGGAGGAGGAGGAGCCAGUCCCGGGGCCCCGGAGGAAGAGGAGCCGGGACGAUGAGCUGCUGGAGUUGCUAAGGGAGGACAUGAGGCAGCAGAGGGAGGCGGAGGAGAGGAGAGAGAGAGAGAGUAGAGAGAGAAUGGAGAGGCUCUUCUCUCUCCUCGAGAGACUGGUGGACAGAAGUUAAUUUUGUUUAUGUUGUAUAUAGUUAAUCAGUUAUAAUUAGUCAUUUUAGUUAUCUGUUAAUUUAAUUUCAAUU